CUCUGUUUCUCAAGUCCACCUUUUCUUCUUCCUCGUCCUCCUCUCUCGCUCCAUUGUCCCCUUCUUCUCUCCGUCCUUCUGUGUCUGAUGAUGGAGAAGACAUCGCCGGAGUUAGACCUAGACAAGCUGAGAGCGAUCAAGGUUCUGGGCAGAGGAGCCAUGGGCACUGUGUUCUUGGUUCACGACCAAACAACAGACCCAGAUGCAAUUAAUCCCUUCGCUCUUAAAGUUGUAGAGAAAUCGACCCUCUCCUCCAAAUUCGAUGGUGAACGACGGGCAAGAUGGGAAGUCUCGGUUCUAUCUAGCCUGAAUAACCCUUUUCUUCCAACCCUUCUGGGAACUCUCGAGACCGAUGAGUACAUGGGUUGGGCUGUGCCGUACUGUCCCGGCGGCGAUCUCAACGUGCUCCGCUACCAUCAGACAGACCAUGUAUUCUCCCCCACCGUCAUCCGCUUCUACGUCGCCGAAAUCGUUUGCGCACUUGAGUACCUACACAGUUUGAACAUUGUGUACCGUGAUCUCAAGCCUGAAAAUGUUCUCAUUCAACAAUCCGGCCACAUCGUCCUCACCGAUUUCGAUCUCUCCCGAACCCUCAAACCCAGAUCAGCCGGAUCCGCCGGCUCGUCCCCGGAUCCGGCAGUUCUGGAGAUAGAAGCGGCAGAGGUGAAGAGUAACGCAAAGCACCGCAGGAACUUGACCCGGCUUAUCUCCGUCGCGACGGAGGUUGCCAUGUUGAAGAAGGUGAAGUCGGCGCGUGUCUCACCGGUGAGUCGAAAGAGACCGAGCUUCUCCAACGGAGAACGAUCCAACUCGUUCGUGGGUACGGAGGAGUACGUGUCACCCGAAGUGGUACGGGGUGACGGACACGAGUUCGCCGUUGAUUGGUGGGCUCUGGGGAUCUUUACGUACGAGAUGAUGUACGGUACGACGCCGUUUCGCGGGAAGAAUCGGAAGGAAACGUUUCGGAACGUUGUAACUAAACCACCGGAGUUCGUGGGAAAACGGACGGCUCUCACGGACUUGAUCGAACGGUUACUAGAGAAGGACCCCACAAAAAGGCUCGGGUACGGUUACGGUGCGGUGGAGAUUAAAAAGCAUCCCUUCUUCAAAGGGUUGAGAUGGGAUUUAUUGACGGAGGUGUUACGGCCGCCGUUUCUGGCGUUGAGAGAAGAAGGGGAGAAAGUAACGGAGCAAAGAACAGAGUGUGGGACCGACAUUAGGGAGUACUACCGGAAUCUUAGGUCUCCGCCGUCAAUUCCUCCGUCGCCGUCAUCAGAAUGCCGAGAUCGGGUAGAUUUGCCGUUGGCAGAAUUCUGACCCAUACUCACUUACCAGUGUAAGUAUUUUAAUAUGAAAGUUAAUAGCAAAAAAAAAAAGAUAAUAAAAUGAAAAAUUUAUUAA